AUGUUGAGAGCUUUAACCAAUAGCAUUCGGCGAACGCGACCGUGUCCUAGAAAAUCCUCUAGCGUUGCUCAUAUCCUCCCUACGGGAACUCCGAUUGAGGAAGAGACCUUACCACAUUACAAACCGGAGCAUUAUUAUCCGGUAAAAAUCGGCGAUAUCUAUCAAGCUAGAUACGAAGUAACCGGAAAGCUUGGGUACGGGGCAUAUUCAACGAGUUGGCUAUGCCGGGAUCUCCAUUAUGAAUCAAGAGUCAAUAAGUACACGGUCCUGAAGGUGUCCACCUACUUUCCAGACCAUCCUACUGUAACAGAUCGUGAAUUCAGAGCCUAUGAACACCUGGCAAAGGUCGAUUCUUCGCAUCCGGGUCAGUCAUUGAUCCGCGAGCUGUAUGAUUCAUUCGACCUCCAGGGCCCUGACGGCACACAUCGGUGCCUCGUGCUGCAGCCGAUGCAUAUGACCCUUCUCGAAAUGAGGGGCCUCAAUCCCAGGCCAUUUAAUCUGCCUCUGCUUAAGAUGACUGUCAUGCGACUUCUAUUGGCGCUUGAUUUCUUGCACGCGGAGGCUGAGGUUAUACAUACCGACCUAAAGACCGUCAACUUAAUGCUCAGCCUGGAGGAUAGCUCCAUGAUGGCAGAUUUUGCAGCAGCGGAAUCUGAAAACCCAAGUCCCCGGAAGUUGAUUGGUCAGUCGCGUAUUAUAUAUAACAGUCGAAAGUUUCGCAGGCCAAGUGGAGGUAGAGACUACGGUCUCCCAGUUCUAUGCGACUUUGGUGAGGCAAGGAUUGGCAAAACUCAGGAGUCAGGGCCUUUCGUCCAACCAUAUAUGUACAGAGCACCAGAAGUUAUUUUUGAAAUGCCUUGGGGAAGCGCUAUCGAUAUCUGGAACCUUGCAGGCCUUAUUUGGGACAUGUUCGAAGGGCUGCAUCUAUUUGGAGACAUAUUCGAUUCUAAAGACGGCCAUGACCCGUUCAAACAUCUGGCCCUCAUGGUAGCCUUGAUUGGACCACCGCCGACUGAAUUCGUGCGGCGUAGUGAGACGACGGAGCAGUGCUUUGAUUCAAGCGGUGGCUGGGUUGCUCACCAAGAAGCGACUAUGCCCACUGUUUCUCUUGAGGUUCUGGAGAAGCGGCUUAAUGGCAAGGAGAAAGAGUUAUUUUUGGCAUUCAUUAUGUCGAUGUUGAAGUGGUUGCCAGAGGAACGCAAGACAGCCAAACAACUGCUUGAACAUCCGUUCUUGGUCGAUUAUAGCUACUUGUAA